CUGUACCUUGAACGAUGGAGAGCAUGGAGGAUUUGGAGGACGAUGCGGCUGUCACGCGUGCACCAGAACAGACACCCGUCUCAGCAGUCUCGACGAGCAAAUCUCGAUCCUUCUCAGAUCCGCCUCUGAAUAGCAGCGGCAGCAACGUCGCCCACGCUCUGGCGCCUUCUCCAGAGUUCAAAGAACGCAGUCGAGGAAGUCGGGACGACCAUGCCAUACCCACUACGCCGACGGCGAGACGACCGGACAUUCUCUCGAGAGGCCUGACACUGCAGCUCCCACCGCCCCGAGUUCAAACGACAGAAGCACCAGCCUUUGUGACACCGCUAUCGCUAUCGCCCAAGCUCGAUGCCCACAACAUCUACAUGCAACCCUCUGGUCCCAAUCACUCGCCUGCGACCAGUCUGCCGCGACAUUCACGGGGUCUCGACUUCUCACGUGCUUGCACCACUCUUCAUCACUCCACUCUCGCCGACCAGAGCAGCCCGGACUCAUCGCCCGUCAUAGCUCAGAAGCCAAUGGCCAUUCCAGGUCGGAGGCUCUCCGUAAGUAGCAUGGUCUUGGAUUCGCCGAACUUGAUGGGGCCGAGUAGCGUUCCAUGGAACACGCUGGGGCAGGAGAAGAGCACCGUGAGCAGUUCGGUGGGCAGCGCCAACAUGAUACUGUCGGAAAGUGAAAGCACGGACAGCGACGAUGAUGCCAGCAUGGGAGGCGAAGACGAUGUCAUGUUCACCACACCACACGUCAGAAAGCUCCAUAAUCCCGCUGCACCGACCCCCUUCACUGGUCCUGCCACUCCCGGUCAGCAGACUUGGGGCAGUGGUGCUCACUUCUCGCCUGCGCAAGCAUCUUUGAUGAAAACGAUCAGACGGACCCGCCUGCACAAGAACGGCAAGAGAAGUCGUAAGAGCUCCAGUAGUGCAAGUGGUAGCGGCUAUAGCUCAGUGGCUUCCCCUCGCGCGACAUCACCGCCCCCGUUGCGAAGCAUCGAGACUGCUGCUGGAAAUGGUGGAUAUUUUGCUUCUGUACACGCCGCACGCAGCAGGCGAGAGAGUUUGGCAAUGGGCACUGAUGGACUUCACCUGUCGAGCGGGAACGAUAGUGGCGAUGAAGCACAACUGACAGCGCCCUCCACGCCUGGUGUCGUGCGAAGAGCUGUCACGCGUCGCGGCAAUCUUUUGCCAAAGACAAAAGGCUUCGCACGUAUCAGAGCAGCACUGGCGGAAGAAGGCGCACCCGUCGACAGCGAGACACGUAGAGAGGCUGAGACCAUGCGACAGGUCCGAGAGCGAGAUAACAGUGUCGGAGAUCUGGAUCUGUCUAAUGAUCGUCCAUCAACUUCGACGGCAGCCUCGUCACCAAAUCUGUUGCCAGCAGUGCCGGAGUCGGCACAAGAAGAUUUUGGUCGUGAUCUCGACGCUGAUCGUGGCUUUAGUCUGGGGACCAACUUUGCACAACACGCAAGUCGUAACAGCGGCGGUCUCGACUACUGGAACCAAUUCGACACCUCAAUGCGCACUCCUCCGCCGCCUGCCUUCGCCCGUCAGGGUAGUAGUGCAAUGUCAGAUGUCAACAUGGACUCGCCUAUGGGUGACUUCAGCAUAUGGAGAAGACCUCGAGCACGGUCGUCAGCGUCCGAUGCCUCUGAAGCCUUCCAACCAAACAGCAGCAGUGGUGCAAUGGCGGCGGGCGUGAACGAUGAUAUGCAUCUGAAAAAGUUCAAACGACGACGUGAGGACGACUUCGAUAUUGCGACGAUCAAAAGGCGAGCGGUAUCACCAGGUAUGAGUGCUCAGAACAGUCCAGUACUGACGCAAUCACCCUCUGCUCGGGACAGCAAUGGCGGGUGGGGACAACCUCCAGAGCGCAAGGAAGGCAGAGAUACACCAUCCACAAGUGGCGAGACUGGUGGUCAAAGCCAUCGCUCUGGAAGCAAUGGCAGUACUGCGGGCACCAUUGGAACAGGACAUCUAGUGAAUCACGGAAAGAAGCUGGGAUUGCAGCCAAUGGCCGAUACCAAUGACGGCUUGAUGAAGAUGCAUCUAUGAGAUUUGUAUGCGUAGUCUAGCGAUGGCGUCUGGAGUGAAUGGACACGCCUCGAAGCAGAGCGUGGUACUUUGAAUGAUCACACGACUGCAUUACGAAG